AGACAUUAUUUUCUUCUCCUGUGAGGUCUUUAAAAAGCAAAGCAACAGCACCUUUAGACAAGAUGUGCUCUUGCAGGAAUUUAAGUGGAAGAGACAAAGAAACCAUGCUACCAGCAGCAUCAGAGAAAAAAACUGAAAUCACCAAGCAAUGAGAAUUCAGUCCAGAGAAUCUGAGGAGAAGAAAAAGCAAACUGGCAAACAGAGAUCAGUUAGGAAAUAAUUCAUGUAGAAAGGGAUACAAAAAAAGUGGUGUUUGUAACAUUUUCACAGCAGCAUCGCCGUAAAGGAAUUCUGUUCUGGAAUUUCCAUCAGGGAGCGACGAGCACUACGAUUAAGAUCCAAACGACAUCCUCAGUGCUGCAGCUUCUCUAAAGAACAUCUUCCCUUUCCACAGGGAGAUCAGCAUCAAGAGAGGGAAAAAACCUCCCAAAAAUCAUCCUGAUGGGAAUAACCAUCCAAAACAUCACAGGAAACACAGCAAUGGUAAUUUGGCCAAAAAUGGCCAGUUGUGUCGACAGCUUUUACAGCAUCAUGUACCACCCUAACUGGAACAGCAUGCUGUCCAGCUACUCCAGAAAGAGCUUCCAGAGGGAAGAGAGGGUGCCCACCACUCGCUCCUCCUUUGUUGUUGAAAACCUGACUCCUCUCACGACAUACAUCAUGUGUGUGACCUGCCAGUCCGCAAACCCCUCCAGCGACCAGUGCAGAGUUUUCAACACGCUGGAACGGGACCCAGCAUCGGCGAACAGCACCAAGAAAGAGCUGGCACUGGGCAUCUGGCUCACCAGCAGCGUGCUGCUCCUCAUCAUCGCCGCCGUGCUGCUCUACGGCUGCCUGCACCUCCUCUGCCGCAGGAGACACCAGCGCCUGCAAGAGCGGGGCGGGAGCUCCAAGCGGGAGCCUGAGGAGCCGUGGACCAAAAGCACGGCACACACCUCAGAUGAGAUCAGCAGGCAGAGCCAGCACACACAGGACGCUGAGGAAAAGCAUCCAGGUGGCAUCCAGCUGGCCACAAUCAUAGAGAAUCCCUCAGUGUGCAAUGAGCCCAUCGUGACCUCUUCUAAAAGUCAGGAGCGAGUCCCAGUAACAGGACAGUGCUCUGCUAUAAAUUAGAAAGGUUUUUGCCACAUAAGGUACCCCAGCUACAUCAGAUGCACUGUUGGUGCUCAGAACAGGGAGCUCUGACUGCUCACUGCAGCACUUCUGGCUGUACCUCUGAUUUCACACCCCUUUCCAACACCUUGAAUGCAAAGGUUCAUGUGCCCAAGAAGUAAGCACUUCACCUACCCUCCAUUAUUUAAAAAUGAAGCAUGUAGCAAGUAAUUGGUCUGCAUUUCAAGGGGAUUUUUCAUUGCUUUUCUUUAGCCUAAAACAGCAAACAAAUAUAAAAAGUAGCCAAAAGUAACCAAAAUAAUUUUUGUUAACUAGCAUGAAUAAAACUGAGUAGGAGUUUUCAGAUGGCAACCCAGACUGUUAAACUAUAGGCAACUGGAACAUACACACAGAGUGCAGUGGUUUGCCAGUGUGAGUUUUACCCUGACAAUCCCAGCUGCUUCCCAAAACACACACUACAAGCAGUACUAUACUCAGACAAUACACUUCACUGCCCAUGGUGUUGUCCAUCACCCUCAUCUGCACUGAGGUCUGUCUCAGAAUGUAAGAAAGAUAAAGUCACCAGGAUUUUAAGUGUUAUCCUCCCAUUUGUCUUAUUUCCCUUCAGUCUAAAUACAUGCAAGAUAGAGACUUAGUAAGGACACAUCUAAUUAAGGAAAUAUCCUGGGUUAUUGCAUUUUGCACUCUUCUGCUCCCACCACAAGGUACCUUCUGCUCCGUGGGCCAGAGACUCCCUGCAGAGGAAAUGGAAUCCAGAGAUGCAGCUCCUGGCCCUUCCUUUGCUCUUUCCCUUUCAGUUUUAAUGAUUACAUGCGUUAAUCAGCUGCGAAUUUCUUUCCAAUUGCACAGUACAUACUGUGUAAAGAAGUGGGGCAAAAUAGCAAAAACAUGCCAAAAUGCAUUUUAUUUUUUUAACAAGAAAACCUGCUGAUCAUCUCACUCUGCCUUGAGCUUCAUGGCAAAGUGCCAAGGUCCUUUGGACAGAAUUCUGUUCACCCUCACAAUGUGACAAGUGCUGUCUGAUUUACAUGUGGAAGUCACCCUGUUUUAAACCUCUUAAGUGCAUUUGUGUUCCAUAAAAACAUAAUAAACCUUAGUAUUGCUGUA